UGGAAGAAAAAAACGUUUACAUGGUGGGGUGAAGUCACCCGCCCUUUCUGUCAUGUAUGAGCUUUAAAGAAUGAGGAAAAACUACCUUCUGCUCAUUACUCUGCAGACACACACACACACACGCACACAAACAGACAGGAAGCGAACAAGGCGAGAUAGCCUCAACAUCUCUGAUCUCUCAAAUGGGGAUGUUUUUGCCUCAUAUUUGGACAAUACUGGCUGUACUAACAGUACUUUGUACAGUUUCAGGCUCAAACAUAUGUACCUCCAGAGGUGUUGGAACCUGCAAAGAAUGUUUGUCCAUUCAUCCGUCUUGCAGUUGGUGCGCUCAGAAAGACAUGGCUCCCAGCGGCUCCAGUGUUUCCCGUUGUAACCUAAAGUCCAUCUUGCUCCAGUCUGGUUGUAAAGCACAGUUUAUUGAGUCUCCUGUCAGUAGCAUUGUAGUGGAAGAGGACCGCCCCCUCAGUGACCGUGCUCAAGGCACGACUGGUGACGCCACUCAGAUUCGACCACAACGUAUCCGGAUGACCUUGAGGCCAGAUGAUUCAAUGCAAUUUACAGUGACCGUUCGGCAGGUGGCUGAUUACCCUGUAGACCUCUACUACCUGAUGGAUUUGUCGUAUUCAAUGAAAGAUGACUUAAGCAUACUCCGCUCCCUCGGCAGUGCCCUGGCUGAUGCUAUGGGUCGCACCACCAGUAACCUGCGCAUGGGGUUCGGAGCAUUUGUGGACAAAACUCUCUCCCCGUACAUGUAUAUGUUUCCAGAUGAGGCCAUUAGGAACCCCUGCCUUGGAAUUAACACUACCUGCUCUCCGCAAUUUGGUUAUAAGAACGUCCUGUCACUGACAGAGCAAGUGAGUCGUUUCACAGAGGAAGUGAUAAAACAGCAAGUAUCAAGGAAUAGAGACUCGCCAGAAGGUGGAUUUGAUGCCAUCAUGCAGGCUGUGGUCUGCAAGGAUAUAAUAGGGUGGCGACCUGAUGCAUCCCACCUGCUGGUGUUCACUACAGAUGCUACAAGCCACAGUGCACUAGACGGCAGAAUCUCAGGAAUUGUCCAACCCAAUGAUGGACAAUGUUAUGUUAAUAAUAACAUUUAUGCCAAGACUGCUAUACUGGACUAUCCGUCCAUCGGACUGCUCACUGACAAACUGACCGAGAAUAAUAUCAACCUCAUCUUUGCUGUAACUGAGAAUGUGAUACCUCUGUACCUUAAUUACAGUAAGCUGAUUCCUGGUACCACUGUCGGGAUACUAUCUUAUGACUCAAGAAAUGUCAUCCAACUCAUCCUGGAUGCAUAUGCGAAUAUCAGGUCAAAGGCAGAGUUAGAGGUGUUGGGUGUUCCAGAUGAGCUGAGCUUGUCAUUUAAUGCCACAUGCCUCAACGGAGUGUUAGUACCUGGUGUUAGAUCCUGCUCAGGUCUUAAAAUUGGAGACACGGUCUCAUUCAGUGUAGAGGCAAAGAUCCGUGGCUGUCCUAAAGUAAAGAGUCAGACGUUCAGCAUCAAGCCUUUGGGCUUUAAAGACACACUGCAGGUGACUGUUGAUUUCGCAUGUAACUGCUCAUGUCAAGAUUCUGCCCAGCUUGCUAGCCCUGCCUGUCACAAUGGCAAUGGCACGCUGGAGUGCGGUGUGUGUCUGUGUGACCCGGGACGCCUGGGACCACAGUGCGAGUGCACCGAAGCCGACUUCAAAGUCACCGACACGGUCAGCUGUAAACAGUCUUCUGACACAGCUAUCUGCAAUGGACGAGGCGACUGCGUCUGUGGCCAAUGUAGCUGUCACUCAAAAGACUUUGGAAAGGUGUGGGGCCCAUACUGUGAGUGUGACGACUUCAGCUGCAUCCGCUCCAAAGGGCAACUAUGCUCUGGUCAUGGCGAUUGUGUAUGCGGGUCCUGUCAGUGCCAUCCUGGCUGGUCAGGCGAGAGCUGUAAUUGCUCCACGAGGACAGACACCUGCAUGGCCAGCAUUGAGCUGCUGUGUAGUGGUCGUGGUGAGUGUUUGUGUGGUGUGUGUUCAUGCACCCUGCCUGGAGCAUACGGUGCCACCUGUGAGAAAUGUCCCACAUGCCCUGACUCCUGCACCUUAAAAAAGGACUGUGUGGAGUGUAAGCACUACAAGAGAGGACCGCUGUUUGAGAAGAAAAGCUGCAACACUGCAAUCUGCAGAGAUGAAAUCCAGCUGGUGGAUGAGUUAGCAUACCAUGAGAAGAGCUCUGUGAACUGUAGCUACAAAGACGAGGAUGACUGCAUUAAUCAUUUCCAGUACUAUGAAGACAUCAGCGGAAAAUCCAUCCUCUACCUCGUUAAAGAACCCGAGUGUCCUAAAGGUCCCGACAUCUUGGUAGUGGUUGCUUCUGUCAUCGGGUCUAUUUUUUUACUGGGAUUGGCUGCUCUGCUGGUGUGGAAGCUGCUGAUUACGAUUCAUGAUCGCCGAGAAUUUGCCAAGUUUGAGGAAGAGAGAGCCAAGGCCAAGUGGGAAGCGGCAAAUAACCCGCUGUAUAAAGGAGCUACAACUACAUUUACAAAUGUGGCCUACCGUGGCAACACUUAAAGACUUCAGCUCCAGUACCUUCUUCAGCAGCAGUCAGUGAUGUCUCAGUGAUGCUCACGUACUAACAUCUCUGUCAGUGACUUCACUCUUUCCAAAAAUCAGUGAUGUCACCAUUCUACAGCUGAUGAUGGAGUGGACGUCUCAAUCCAGUGAUGACUGUGAUGAUAUGAUCUUUAACCUUUAUCUCAAUUGGUUUCAUCCUCCUUCUUAAAGCACCUGAAAUAAUAAUAAGUAUGUAAUAAAGAGAGAUAGACAGACAGACAGACAUAGAUAGAUAGAUAGAUAGAUAGAUAGAUAGAUAGAUAGAUAGAUAGAUAGAUAGAUAGAUAGAUAGAUAGAUAGAUAGAUGAAAAACAAAACCUGUGUAUUAUUUGUAUAGUAAAUUUUGUAUUUCAAAAGAAAAAAAUGAAAAUAAGUGCAAGGUGUUAAACUUGGAGAGUCCAUUUUGUGGGAAAUAAUUUUCAGUGUUUAUCUGUUGUUUUGUUGUUGUUGUUGUUGUUGUGUACAUAUAUAUAUAUAUAUAUAUAUAUAUAUAUAUAUAUAUAUAUAUAUAUAUAUAUAUAUAUAUAUAUAUAUAUAUAUACAUAUACAUAGAGAGAGAGAAUUUGAUAUAAAAGAUACAUUUUUAAGCAUUGUUGAUGUUAAAGCAUAUAAUGUCUACUUCCAUACAGUUAAUACUGUAUAAGAAGUUUACAUAGCAAAGACGGCCUGUUCAAAUUUCUCCUGGUUGUGAUGUCACUACAGUGAAAACAUUUACAUACAGUAUGUAAACCUGUAUUAAACUACUGAUUCAGAGCAGAUGAUUUGAACAGCUAAACGACUGAUUGCAGUAAAUGGUCAUCUGGGUUAAAUGUACUGAAAAUGGGUUUAUAUAUUAAGUAUAUAUUAAGUGUGUAUGAAUCGUUUUUGUUUUUGUUUUGUUUUUUUUUUGUUACAGCCAUCCCUGAUUAUUUCACUAGUUUGUUCAGCAGAAUGAGAUUGUGCUGAUAUUAUUAGGUUGUGACUCUUGUUUGGCAAAAAGCGAGUUAGUUUUUCUUUUUUUUAGACAACCGUUAUCUACGUAUUAUGUGUGGGAAGUUUCAAAAUCAGAAUAUUGCUUGAAAGUCAUAAGAUUUUGGCAUUCCACCGACUGGAAUAGGGAAACGUUAUUGCAUGCUACGUGUGGGAGAUCAUCUCCAACUGUGGGUUGGUCUGCGCUCUUGCUCCACUGAACAAAUGAAUCUCACCGCUGUAACUGUGAGAACACAAUUAGAUGAAUCCCACCUCUGUGAAAAUGAGCACACAAUCAGAUGAAGCUCAAAGCUGUGCUCCAAUCUGCACAAUACACACUAAGCAGUAGACCUAAACAGUAAUGAGACUAACAGUGUCAUCAUAUACCUUUGUCAUACCUUUUAUGCCUGCUGGAAACCAGUACAGGCAAAAUUCAGCUAAUUUGCAAAUGUGUCUGCUCCUAAUACUAAUUCCACUUUCACUAUUUACUCCAUACUCUUCAAAGUGAAGGCUCCAGAAAGAACCAAAGAGUGGUGAUGAUAAAUCGACACAGAUGGUUUCCCAAAGAACCUUUCAGUAAUUUCCUAGUGACAUAAAGAAUGUUUUUUGCAGUCUAAAGAACUUUCUUUCACUACAAACAAAGAACCUUUUUUUUGCCAUGGAAGCCUUCCAGGAAUGUUAAAGUUUCUUCAUACAACCAAAUAAAGGCAUUUUAAGAACACAACUAAACAAAAUGCUGUGGCAUUCUGGACAAAUCAUAGUGAAUUAUUUUCUAUUAUCUUCGUUUUUUUUCAUUUAGUUGAUUUUUGUUCUUCUAUACAGAACCUUUUCACAGGCUAAAAAAAGGUUGAAGAAGCUUUACUUAAAAACCGUUUCUAAUCUUGAACUUUUUAGAAGCUUCAAAUGUUGAGGUUCAGUGUAGAACUUUUUCUUCUGAGAGUGGAGAGGAGGAAAAAUAUUUGCUUGUGCACAUGAAUGUGACUCACAGUUACUGAAGACCAGAAGAAACAGUAAAACUUUCCAACACAAUUGGCUACCAUCAGCUGGGUCUCUUUUACUCUCAGCUACAGUCAUUUUUUCUUCCAAAUUCUCCAAGAAAACAUCUCUGUUCUCUCACUGCAUUUUGUUCCUGAUUGGUUGCCGGUUCUGUUUCUGGCCCGGUGGUCUGACUUCUUUGUGCCUAAAGUUGGGACAUGAUGAGGUCAGAUGUAUCUGAUCUGGAAUGUAAAGCAUUCAUUUAAAUUUUCCUCUAAAUCCAAAACAGAGCUCUGACACACCACAGCUCUUGUGUGUGAAUUAUGUAAGAAAUUACAGAAAUUGCACCCAAAUUCCACUCCAAGGUACACAUCUAAAAGAGCUCAUUCCUAAAAAGGUUUAAGUAUCAUAAGGUAAUACGUUUAGGACUCUAAACGUAUAAACUUGAUUAACAUUUAAAGACAAUCAGCUAGACAACAAGGUGUAGCCCAGCCAUUUGGGAGACAUUCAAUUCUUACACUCAACACACAUUCAAAGCGGAACUUCAUUUAAAUUACCAAAAGGGAAAACUGUAUAUAAUGCUUGAGCAGAAUUUGCUCUGGGUUCUUGUUGACUCCGAUGAACCCAAAGUACGUCAGGUAUUUUGUCACUGCUAUUCUGGAAUAAACUUCUUAUUCUUCAUUAA